AACAAGAGUCAAGGAGUGUUUCGCAUGGUUCACUAUCGUCACAAAUUUUUGUCUAAAGAAGAUCUUUGCCCUUAUCCACAAUAAGCUUCCUAAUAACAAUUUCGAUUGGAAAUAAGAAAAUGGCCCCGUUAUGUAACUCUUUAAAGCACUAUGCGGCUUGUCAAAACAACAAGUUAUUGUUUGCUUUCCUGUCAACAUCCCUUCCUUUAGAAAACAUAAGACGGAGUCAAAAGAAUCGUAGUACUUGUCUGGCUGCAAAAAGGUUUCAUCGACCUUUACGGAAUUUGGCGCACUCCUGUACACUUGAAAUGAGGCAGUAUAAAAGUCCAGAAGACAACUCAGAGUGGAUGGAUAACUGGUACACUGUAUACAGAACUGUAAUGCCUGCGGAAACUGAUUAUGGUGGAGUUGUAUGGCAUGGAGAGUAUUUUAGGUGGCUGGAAGAGACUAGAAUUCGAGCCUUAAAUGCUUUGGGCCUGAAUUACGUGAAAAUUGUUGAACAACUCAAGUUUGAGUUUCCAGUUGUUCAAAUAGAGUGGAAAUACCUUAAACCUGCAAAGCUGGGGGACUUGGUUUGUACUCAGGUUGCUUUCAAAAGGGCUGGAAUUCGUUUGAUUGCCGAUAGUAGAAUAUAUAGAAUUGUAUCGAGCAACAGAGAAGAAAAGGAACUUUGUGGACAAGGGAAAAUUUCUUUGGUUGUUGUGGAUAUGACUUCGCGGCAGGUUGUAAGAAACUUUCCAGAACCCUUACAAAGCCUUCUGUCCGGAGUGGAGAAUUGAAUUUUGUUAUUUGGGAGAUGUA